AUGAACGAUUUCCUUGAUGAUUUAGACUCCAUCCUUAUUGCAACAAAUUACGACGGUGGAAUUCCACAUCGUGCAUAUGAAAAAUUCAUCAACACCCUCAUGCUACUCUCACAAAAACCCAGACGACUAAAACGCUUAGGAGUGGUUUUCAAAGUACUUGAAGGACAAUCCCCGGAUAUUAGGACUCUUCGUGCACCUCUACGUCGUGUACUCAACCAAGCAGUCCAUGUGGAUCAAGUCCAAUCACGGGUUUUGAUGAGGGCUGAAGAGGUGCAGCGCUAUUUGAAAUCUGUUGAAGACGAAAGACAGAACAUCUUCAAGGAGAUCUCUAGAAUGGACAUGAAACCACUGGAGGAUGUAAUAAAAAACUUCCCUUCAACUUCUUUUUCCAAACUCCGUGUGGUUGAAAAUGACUACCGAUCAGGUGGAGAUCAUUACGAGAUGAAUUUAGAUGACACAUUGUCAAGUGAUACCCAAUCUUCUUCAUAUUACGGUAAAGUUGCCAAACAAAUUGUCACCUCGUACGCGCGAUCAAAAGCAAAUGGAGUUACAUUCGUCGGUGAGGUCAUAAAAGAUGGGGAAGGUGGAGGAAAAGUUUGGAGUGGAAAUGUCUCUAUUCUAAAGAGAAGCGCUAGCACAAAUGACCUUCAAACUCAAAUUCUUCGUCUCAUAAUGAACACGGGAGUUCAAUACGACCAAGAGGAUUACAAACUUGUUUUUGAUAAUAUAUCUGAGUUGAGAAAAAUUGAACCGACGAUUAGUACAGCUGAUGUGCAAUAUCAACUUCUAAGAGUAAUAAGGAAUGCCACUUCUCAAGUUGGAGUUCGUGUUGGUCCACAAGCGAUUGACCUCUCAUGUGUAGAUAUUGGUAAGCUCGGAUUGGAAGUGAUGAAUAAUAAGGAGACUGAAGGUCUAGAUUUCCGAGUCGGUGAAGUUCUCUGCCCAGUAUCGGUUGGCACAUCAGUGAAUCUCUACAAGGGUCCAGGCGUGCAAGUUUUGAGAAUAAAUUAUGUGAAUUCCUUGAAUUUGGAACUGAGAAAUGCAGUAGCCCAUACCACUAAAGACUCCCAUCGCAGACUCAAAAUUCGUGAUGUCCAAUCGCAAGUUAUUACCAGAACAAGCAGCGAAUCAGCCUGGACUGAAACGCAGGGAUCCUCUGAAGUUCAAACACAGAUAGAAGUUGUGAGCAGAACUGCAGCUAUACAAGCCGUAGCCAAGAUGGGAGUUGUCAAUAUUCCUUCACACAACCAAAAGAACAGGGUUGUCGAAGAUACAUCGACCACUUUUUGUCUUCUUCCCGACAAGGAAUCCACAGGAAUAAUGAAUAGUGAAGCAGCAACUUCGGAUGUCAUGACUCAGAUCUCUUGUAUUUUGCACUCUCGUGGAAUUCAUUUCAAUCUGCAGACCUAUCUCUCGGAAUAUAAGAAAAGGAGUAGUCUCUCAGAAACGUCCGACUUGGGUGAGCAAUCGCAAAAUGUCGAAUUUCAAGGGGAAAAACAACCCAAAUCGGAGAUUCAAAACAGUACCGCAACAUGCGAUGUGGAAAUUUUGAUCAGUAGAGUAGUUCAUGAUUAUGGAACUCAGGUAUCUUCAAGACUUAUUCCCACGAAAGGUAGUGAUCUGUCUAUUGCUGAUUAUAGUGGAGUGAGAAAUUUUAUUGUUACUCAUGACGACGGAGCUGUAACAGGCUCCAUGCAUCCUGACUCUGUUGAUACACAAAUACGCGACGACAGGGGCUUGACGACUCAAGCCGCAGUUGUAUUAAGAGCUAAAGAUCUCAGGAGUAAGGUUACAGUUGGGGAAAUAACCGCACAGUCUGGAGUUGCGACAAAGGUGAACUUCGUGAGAUCAAACGUAGCUGGAAGACCAUUCUUGAAGGUUGGUUUAGAGUUGGUACCAACACAGAUAUCUAUGAAGAGAUAUGAUUUUGAGAAAACGGAAGUAGAAUUCCUUGAUGCAACUGGGAGCGAAAACUACAACAUGAAAAUGAAUUCAGUAUCAUGUCCAGCUAAGAUAAAAGUCGAAUCGAGUCUGACAGAAGGAAGUGGUGUUCAUAUUUCUGGAAUUGAGAAGGCUUCCAGGGUUGUUAUCAGUGUAAGCAGCUCCUUGCCUUCUGUGCAAACAGAUUUAAGAGAAGAGAUUGAAGACGAAGAUUCGGAUAUUUUGCAUGAAUAA